AUGAUUCAGCUGGAAAGGUUGGAUGAACAACUCCAAAUCAUAGAAAGGCAACUGGUGUCGAGAGGCGCAUGGCGUCCACCAACGCAGUUAUCAACACCACUGUCACCUGAAGUGCUCGAAAUGGCCGACCUCUCUCAUGCUGUAGCUCUGCUGCGCAAUCUAAUCGAGCCUAAAGGGUCCGCCCAGGAAACCACACCCCGACUGUCCUUGUCAGCCUACUCAUGGGUCUGGGACCCCGUGUGGCAUGAGUUCUACACAUACAUCCCCUCGGAACGUACAUUUCUUUCCCUUUCGCGUUGGAAACUGAACGAGGCAAGAAACGUCUGGGAACAUGUCAGCCAGGCGAGUACCAAUAUCCUUCCAAACGCGGCAGCCGAGAAGUUGGGAGCCUGGGAGGACUGGAAAUGGCAUCCAGUCUGGGGAUGGUAUUUGGACCUGGAAGACGAAGGAAGCGGUGAAAAGGCUAAAAUAUUUGCGAGUCCUUGGCAAGUAGAUGAUGAUGACGAGUGGGUGUAUGUCGGCACGCUCGGCCAAGAGGAUCACUAG